CGAUCUACACUCGAGUCGAGGAAGUGGGUUGAGUACGCAUUAUCAGUGGCGGUGAGGAAUUGGCUCGUUCUUACUCGCUCACAGAGGUUUGAAUCACACCGAGAGUCUUGAAGAAAUAUGUCGGCGUUUGAUGACAACCCCUUCGCCGAGCCGGCUGGCGUCAACCCUUUUAAUGACCCGGCUGUCACAGAGGCGACAAGCUCCAGUGUGGAACCUGUUGAGCAGUACAACCCUUUCCCUGCCACAAGCCUGGCUAGUCAGACCACCCCGUACCAACCGGCAGUACUGCAGCCUUCGUCCGAGCCCACCCCGCAGGCGACUGCCACGGCGGCACAGGCCAACCUGCUGAGGCAACAGGAGGAGCUGGAGAGGAAAGCUGCCGAACUGGACCGCAGAGAGCAGGAACUCCAGAGCCAAGGCUCCUCAGGUAAAGCAAACAACUGGCCGCCGCUCCCGAAGAGUUUCCCCAUCAAGCCGUGUUUCUACCAAGACUUCUCCGAGGAGAUCCCCAGCGAGUAUCAGAGGGUGUGCAAGAUGAUGUACUACCUCUGGAUGUUCAACUGUGUGACGCUCUUCCUCAACAUGCUGGCCUGUCUGGCCUUCUUCACCACAUCGUCUUCCUACGGGGUGGACUUUGGCCUCUCCAUCCUCUGGCUCAUCCUCUUCGCUCCCUGCUCCUUCCUCUGCUGGUACCGACCCGUCUACAAGGCCUUCAAGACCGACAGCUCCUUCAGCUUCUUCUUUUUCUUCUUCGUCUUCUUCUGCCAAGUGGUCAUCUUCAUCAUCCAGUCGGUGGGCAUCCCCAAGUGGGGCAACAGUGGUUGGAUCGCCGCCUUCUCCGUCAUCAACACGUCCAAAGCGGUGGGCGCCAUCAUGAUCAUCGUGGCCAUCCUCUUCACCAUCUGCGCCGUCAUGUCCGUCAUUCUCCUCAAGAUGGUCCAUGGCAUGUACCGCCGGACCGGGGCCAGCUUCCACAAGGCCCAGCAGGAGUUCUCGCAGGGCAUCUUCACCAACAAAACCUUCCAAAAUGCCGCCGCCGGCGCAGCUUCGUCGGCAGCCCAGGGAGCUUUCCAGGCUAACAACUAGCUCGCGCUAAGCUACCUGCUUAGAUGGAAGUCAGCAUGUUAUGCGGUUGGCAGGUUUGUGUCCAUCCUUGUAAUGUGUUGACCUUGAGCAACGUGAGAGCACACUCAUACGUACAGACAGCCACCAUCACGGUGCCAGACAAGCACAGCAGGUACAUUGUGGCUGGAGCAGGAGACACGUUGACUGGUGUCUGUCUUCAUUUCACUUGGUCUCAGCUUUGUAUAUUUUGCUUGCACUUUUUGGCAACGCUCAUUUGUGGAAAUUGUGGGUGGAUUUUUUUUUCACCAGCGUGUGUGAGAUUCUUUACAAGUAUUUGAUAGUUUUUCUUUUCUGAGCGUGGUGUUGUUUGGCAGGUCAACAUUGAAAUUUGUUUCCUCGCUGAAUCCUAACAAACGUGCUCCCAAUUGUCAAAUGAGCGAGAAAUGUUCAGUUGCUGAAUCAUUCCGAUAUCUCAUUUCCUCAAAUCAAGACCUCUUAGUUCCACCUUCUUUACUUUUUUUUCCUUUUGUUGUCAAGACUAACAUGCGGUUUACAAAAAUAUUGUUGCUGGCCAAUGGCAGCGUCUUUCUUAAAAAUAUCCAUUUUCCCAAUAGGGGGAAAAGAAAAAUCAUGUCUAAUUAUCUCAACUGACAGGCGCCAUUCCAAUCAACUUCCAAAUUGAACUCUGUUGAUAACCAAAACAGCAGAACCUGCCAAAGCAUCUGGAAUCUCAACGCAUUUGACUCCCACUUGGCUUUAUUUUCUUCCUGUGACAAAAACAACAAUUGUAUUUGAGUUUAUAUCCCGUUUAUUUUUUUUAUUUUUUUUAUUGGCAGCAUGCAAAAUAAGUAUAUAAUGCAAUGUAGCCUCUUUCUUUCAGUGCAAGAUUAAAUAAUUUGGAUAAUAGCUGAAUGUUUGUUUUGCUAAUGGAAUACAUUUUGAUCUCGUUGGGCUUCAACUAGAAGUAUAAUUUAAAAGCUGCUUCAGGUCACUUGAGAAAUCUGAACUGGUUGCUCAGGAGAUGCACAUGCAACAUAACGGUUUAUUGUAGAAUAUAGAUUAGCUGUGCGCCUUUUAUUAUGGGAUGUAUCACCUCUGUGAUGAAUCAGAAUUGUUUUUGCAGCAAAUGAAUUAGUCUCAUUAAUUCAACAUUGAUCCUGCAUCCAAAUGUUUAUAAUGUUUUUUUGUCUGUCGGUUCUGUGCCUUUUAGUAUGAAAAUAUUGAAUGUAACAUCUAAUAAUAAAAUGCUUUGCUUUCGA